UGCUCUGGGGGACAUGGGGUGGGACAGGCAGGGUGGCUGAAUCCCUGAUGCUAGUCAUCCACUUGGUCUUGUGUUCUUCUACGAAUGGUUCCAAGGCUUCCAUCUCCAAGAAAGGGAUUGAAGGGCCAGCGACCCGGAAAAAGAAAGUGGCUCCUAAGCUGGUACUCACUGAAGAACAGAAACAGCAGUUGCGAGAGGUCUUUGAUUUGCUUGACACUGAUGGCACCGGCACCGUGGAUGUGAAAGACUUGAAGGUGUCCAUAAGGGCGCUUGGGUCUGAACCUAAGAAAGAAGAGAUGAAGAAAAUUAUAUCAGAAGUUGACAAGGAAGGCUCAGGGAAGAUCAACUUUGAUUCCUUUUUGUAUGCGAUGACUCAGAAAAUGUCUGAGCCAGAAUCCAGAGAGGACAUUCUGAAAGCCUUCAAGCUGUUUGAUGACAACGGAUCUGGCAAAAUCUCUUUUGAAAAUCUCAAACGCGUGGCCGGGGAGAUUGGGGAAAACCUCACAGAUGAGGAGCUGCAGGAAAUGAUUGAUGAAGCUGAUGUGGAUGGAGAUGGGGAAGUGAACGAACAGGAGUUCCUGCGAGUCAUAAGGAUGAACAGCAUGUAGCUAGAUAUUUCUCGUUUCUUUUUACUCACAUUGUGAAAUACAGUUGGUAGGCACAUCUGUUUUUUCUCCAGCUUCUCUCCAUUCUCCUGGGUUAAAAAACAUUAGGGGAUCACCCUCAGAGUAUUUCAGAGUCAUGGUGGCAGUGGGAAUGAAUUGUUGAGUUUAGCUGUUUAUAGACACAUUUCGGAUUCCGCUACAGAAUUUUUAAAUGGUCUCUGGUUGCAUUCUGGGCGUAGGCAAAAUGUUGACCUUUUUUUGGGACUUUUUCUGUGUUCUAGCAUAACUGCAUUCCCUUUUCAAUUGCUUCCUAAAAGGCAGGGUAACGGACUUUCAGGAAUAACAGGAAAUAUUUUUCAAAAUAUACCUUUUCAGACUUUUUAAUCCCAGCUACGCUGUCUCCCUCAUUAAAAUAUUCAAGACUCCUUGGUAAAGGCUCCCUCUGGUC